CCUUGCAAUUAUGGAGUUUUAGAAGAAUAAAGUAGUGUGGAGAGGGGGAUUCCCCCUCCACACUUGAGGUAGUUCACUUUUGGAAUUUCCUAUGGACAAGAAUAUUUUUUAUAUAAGAUGGUGAAAUAAGACUUCUAAAAAUAUAUAUUUAUAAAUAUUUACUUGGAUCAAGUGCCAAACAUAGCAGUACAAAGAUUUCUAAUGGCAGCUCAAUAAAACUGGAUUUACGUCCUUGGAAUUACAAGUCUUUUAAGGCACUGUGUUGUGUACUGAAUUGGAGUGCCUUGAUACACUUAAGGGUUGUUCCCCUUAAGGAGAAGAGCAGCUUCAGAAGUGAAGAUGAGUUCUCUCAUGCCAGAUUGCACUUCAAAGUGUCGAUCUCUACAGCAUGCUUUGGAUGUUAUUUCUGUGGUAACCAGAGGAAGUGAAGGCCAGAUCAAGGCCUUUCUCUCUUCUUACUGCUACAAUGCUGCAACUAUAAAGGAUGCCUUUGGUAGAAAUGUUAUACAUCUUGCUUCAUCUUGUGGCAAAAAAGGUGUCCUGGACUGGUUGGCUGAGACCAAAGGAGUAGAUCUCUUGGCAAAAGACAAAGAGUCUGGAUGGACAGCUUUGCACAGAAGUAUAUUUUAUGGAUACAUUGAUUGUGUUUUGUCAUUACUGAAGCAUGGCGUUAGUCUGUAUGUUCAGGAUAAAGAAGGCUUAUCAGCCCUGGAUCUUGUGAUGAAAGAUAGGCCAGUCCAUGUGGUCUUCAAGAAAACUGAUCCCACAGAAGUCUACACGUGGGGAAACAAUAUAAAUUUUACUUUGGGUCAUGGUGGUCAACAGGGUAAACAUCAUCCUGAAUUGGUGGACCUUUUUCCUCGGAAUGGCAUGUAUAUCAAACAGGUGGUACUCUGCAAAUUCCACUCUGUGUUCCUUUCCCACAAAGGUCAAGUAUAUACAUGUGGACAUGGACAAGGAGGACGCUUGGGUCAUGGUGAUGAACAAACAUGCCUGGUUCCAAGACUCGUGGAAGGCUUAGCUGGCCAUCAAUGCUCUCAGAUAGCUGCCGCGAAGGAUCACACUGUUGUUUUAACAGAAGAUGGAUAUGUUUACACAUUUGGUUUAAAUACUUUCCAUCAAUUGGGUAUUCUUCCUCCUCCUACUAACUGCAAUGUUCCUAGACAGGUUCAGGCAAAAAACCUGAAAGGUAGAAUGGUGAUUGGAGUGGCUGCAGGCAGAUUCCAUACAGUGCUAUGGACUAAGGAAGCAGUGUAUACCAUGGGGCUGAAUGGCGGCCAACUAGGUUAUCUGCUGGAUCCUAAUGGAGAAAAAUGUGUAACUACACCUCGCCAAGUUUCUGCUUUACACCAUAAAGAUAUCUCUGUGUCCUUGGUCUCUGCAAGCGAUGGCGCUACAGUGUGUGUUACUGAAAGAGGAGAUAUUUAUUUACUUGCAGACUAUCAGUGCAAAAAGAUGGCUUCGAAACAGCUGAACCUUAAAAAAGUUCUUGUUAAUGGGGGAUAUUUGGAAUAUAAGGUAGAUACCCAGCAUCUUAAAGAAAAUGGGGGUCAGAAGAUUUCCAUUCUAGUGCUGGAUGAAGCUGGAAGAGUGUCUUGCUGGAAGUCAUCUAACAACUCCAUGAAGCAGUGUCGUUGGGUGUAUGGUCGGCAAGUCUUCAUGUCUGAUGUUGCUUUAAAUAGGAAUGAAAUGAUGUUUGUGUCACAGGAUGGUGAAGCCUUUACAGGGAAAUGGCUGGAAGAAGGGAAAAAAAUCUCAGAAAAGAAAGCAGAACUUGUAUCGAGCCUUCAGAAUUCUCCAUGUGAUGUGUCUUGUGAACAUGAUACGAACAGUGCGUAUGAAAGAAUUCGACUUCAGAAGCUUACUUUUGUCCACCGAGCUGUUAGUAUUGCCACCGAUCCUAAUGGUUGCAAUUUUGCUGUUUUACAGUCAGAUCCUAAAACAAGUCUCUAUGAAAUUCCAAGUGUGUCAUUAUCAAGUUUUGGAGAGGAUUUUGGCAAACUGUUAGCUGAAACAGAUGAAAUGGACAGCAUCCAUGAUGUGACUUUUCAGAUUGGCACAAGAACUUACCCCGUGCACAAAUACAUCCUGGCUGUACGCUCUGACUUCUUCAAGAAGCUGUUUGUUUCCAGUGACAACCAGCUAGACACUCCAGACGUCUGCCGUAAAGAUGAAGAUGCUGUUGGAUGUGAUCUUUAUGUAAUAGAGAGAGUUCAUCCAGAUCUGUUUGCAUACCUUCUGCAGUUCAUAUAUACUGAUACUUGUGAUCUUUUGACUCAUGGUUAUAAACCAAAAAUCCUGCAUAAAGGAAAAUCAGAAGAAUAUCAAGAGACUUUAAUUUCUAACCUGAGCAAAAUGAGUUUUGAUGAAAAUGUUAAUGGAAAGUCUGCAUUUGAGAUUUACAGAAAUAAUCAAGUGCAAGUUAUAAAUGAAAAACAGAAGAGCAAAUCUAAAAAAGGCAAAGUUGCUGGUGAAGAAGCUAACCUCAUAAAAAUGUUGCAAAGUGCUGCGAAGAAGUUUGGACUCAGCAAUUUAAGUGGAAGGUUGGAUGGAGUCAGGUUAGAAAAUGGAAAAAUUAAUGUUGUCAACAAGAAGAAUGGGAACAAACCAAAGUUAAAUCAGAAGAAAUGUUCAUACCUCUGCCCUGUGACCCUGAAAUCUUUAGAUGGAAAAGAAUUCCCGUGUCAUAAGUGUGUACUUUGUGCAAGACUUGAUUAUUUUCACAGCAUGUUAAGCAGCUCGUGGAUUGAGGCUUCCUGUUGUUCAGCUCUGGAAAUGCCAAUCCAUUCUGACAUACUACAGAUAAUUGUAGAUUACCUGUAUACAGAUGAAGCUCUUGCGAUAAAAGAUUCUCAAAAUGUGGAAUUCAUAUGUAAUGUUCUUGUGGUAGCAGACCAACUUCUUAUAUCCAGACUCAAAGAAAUCUGUGAAGUAGCCAUUGCAGAAAAACUUACUUUGAAGAAUGCUGCUGAGCUGUUGGAGUUCUCAGCAAUGUAUAAUGCUGAACAGUUAAAACUGUCCUGCUUGCAGUUCAUAGGACUCAAUAUGGCAGCUUUGCUUGAAGCAAGGACUCUGGAUGUCUUAAGUGAUGAAGUUGUAAAAGAUCUUUCUGUUUAUUACAGGAAAAUGAUUCCGGCUAUGGUCAGGAGAGUAAUUACUCCAUAUCCAGAUGGACCUGACAUAAGUUCUUUUGAGCCUGAAGAUGGAGAGAACUUUGUCUUUUUAAGGGAAGAAAUGAAUACAGAACAAAAUUCUCAGGAAGCCCUUUUCAAAAGAGCAAAAACUAAGGCAAAAAAGAAGCCACGAAAACGGUCCGACAGCUCUGGAGGAUAUAAUCUAUCAGAUAUUAUUCAGAGUCCAGCCUCUACAGGUUCAGUAAAACUGGAUAAAACUAACUCUGUAGAAUCGCUUCCAGAACUCUUAACAUCUGACUCUGAAGGUAGUUAUGCAGGAGUGGGUAGCCCCAGAGACUUGCAGUCCCCUGACUUCACGAAAGGAUUUCAUCCAGAGAGGACUGAGAUGAAGGACAAAACAUGCAGUCAGGGUAUGAAACCCUCUCAGCCUAACAAGGAGAUGAAGUCAUGCAAAGGAUCAUCAGUAUUGACACAGUCUGUUCCACAGUCCAUUCCCAGUGCCAAAAACAACUCUGCAAGCUCCCCCAAUUGGGUAGCAACCAGUUUCAGCCCGGCCAGCCCUCCUGCUAUGGAUCUAAGAACCAUCAUGGAAAUUGAAGAAAGUAUGCAGAAAUGUGGAACCAUGCCAAAGGCAAAUUCAGGCAGAAUGGCAUCUCAUGGAAUCAAGCUUUCUCAGAAGCAAAGGAAAAUGAUUGCCCUGGCAGCAAAAGACAAUGGAUCAGUCACUAGCAGCGCAGAGCCUACUACGCUAAUAACCACGCCACCUACAAAAGUUGCAAAGCUAGGGAAUGCAUGGUCAUCUUCAUUACAUUCUGCUUUGCCAAAGUCAUUCCGUGAUCUUGUAAUGGAAGAAGAAAAAUGUAUGAGUGCGAAUAAUUCACCCGGUAUUGGUAUCAAAAGAGCUGGAUAUAAAGGAACUGAGGAUUCAUCAGUCCAAAACACCAUAAGGUGCACCACUAGAAGUAGCCCAGGUCUGGAAGACCAUGUUCUGGAUUCUCCGCAGCUGGAGAGUCAUAAUCCUUGGUUAGCAGCAUCACCAACUAGCUCUCCUGUGAUAGCACCUGUCAUGUUUUCAGCUAUUGUAGAGGAAGAGCUCCAGCAAGAAGCUGCUCUUAUUAGGAGCAGAGAAAAACCUUUGGCUUUGAUCCAGAUCGAGGAGUGUGCUAUUCAAGAUUUAUUAAUCCACUAUGAAGCUUUUAACAACCCUGAUGAAUUUGUGACUGUUGAAAGGGCUCCGCAGGGACCUAUAGCAGCACCUAUGUGGAACAAGCACUAAUUUGUACUCUUCACAGUCCGUGUUACUUGACAAUUGCAUCAUCAUCAAGAUUGAAAGCAACCUCUGGAGAUUGCCCAGUCCAACCCCCCCUGCUCAAGCAGGCUCAGUCAGAGCAGGUUUCUUAGGCCCUGUCCACUCAGAUUUUGAGUAUCUCCAAAGUAACAGAGGCUCCACAAGCUCUCUGGGCAACUUGUUCUAGUGUUUGACCAUCCUCACAGUAAAAAGGCAUUUUUAUAUUUAAACAGAAUUUCCUGUAUGUCAGUUUGUGCCCUUUCUUGACUCUUGUCCUGUCACUAGGCACCACUGAGAAGAGUCCGUCUCCCAUCUUCUUCCCUGCCCCUCCAUCAGGUACUUACACACAUUGUAAGAUCCCCCCGAACCUUGCCUUCUCCAGGCUGAACAGUCCCAGCUCUCUCUGCCUCUCAUAUGUCAAUGCUCCAGUUAUCUUUGUGGUCCUUCGCUGGGCUCUCCAGUAUGUCCAUGCUCACCAUGAGCGUUAUUUUACCAGAUGUCUUCUGGAAAAAUAUUUAGGGGUAUUUUAAGAGUUUUAAAGCCUAAACAAUUCUGUUUAUCCCUGUUUACUAUAUAGUAUCGAUCGGUAUUCAUCUAGUGAAAUGAGUUGAGACUUGUGACUCACUACAUUCAAUGGUAAGUGGGUGUCUGCUGGUUUUAAUGAUCUUUGGAAAUGUGCCUGUGGACAUUACACUGGCUUUUUCUCUUAAUGGAUUUUUAUGAGACUGCCUUCAAAAUGAUGUGACUCUUUUCUUUUUAUAAUCCUACUUUUUUGUUUUAGUCUAUCAGAAUUCCUAAGACCAAGGAAAUAAGUAUAUCUAUUAAUAACCGUAUAGGGAGAUAAAAGUAUAACCAUUAAUCUGGCUAGAGAUCUUAUAUAUGUCAGCUGAGUGAAUAUUUGUAGUUUGAUUUCUUCUGGUUAUUUUUCCUAGAAAAAUAAAAAUCCCACGGGGAGGAUUUUCUAGGUAUUGAAACUCGCUAGAAUUGUUUUUACGUGAAACAGUGAUAUGCUGAAAUCAUAGUUUAAGUUGUUAUUGUCAGGUAUCCGUACCCAAACUUUGCAUACAAAGUAACAUCACGUUUUAGUUGUCUGUGCAACUCCUCUUUUGCAUCCAGUCUGCGUGAGGAACAUAUUCAGGGUUUGGGCAACAGCAUCCAGAAAUUCAGCCACCUAGUGCAUAUGUUAACCUUGCAUCAACACGAAAAAUCGG